AGUGUCCCGUCAGAAGUCGUGAGGGGAGGGUGUGCGUACCUUCAGCUCCCGGACCUCGCCCACGUGGACAGACCAGCUGAUUUUUUUGUUUUUUUAUUUAUUUAUUUAUUUUUUCAUAAGACAUUAUUAUUAUUAUUAUUUUUUAUUUUCACUAGAGGACUUUUCUGUGGCCUUUUUUUUUGUUUGUCCUUGUUUUGAGUGUUACUUAAGGAUAAUGUUGGAAAGGAUGCAGCUGUUGUGUUCUGUUUUACUGCUGCUGCUGCUGCUGCACGUGGCCCCUCAGGCGGCGCGGGCGGAGGUGGUGCCAGAUAACAUUGCCAUGCCCCAAGAACACGCCCAUAGGUUCAUUCUGCCCGCCCCUGGACUGAGACGCCGCCCACAGACACCCCCACAGCCUCACCCACCUCCCAACCCCUUGUCUACUAAUGAUCUAGGAACCCCCGGGGACAGCGUGCUACCCCAGGGGCCCGGCGAGAGCGUGGCCAGACUGGUGGGACUGGAUGUGGCCUGUAACCCCGAUUAUUUGACCGUCACUCUUGCCUUCGAUAACGUCUUCAGUGGGAUUGUUUACGCUAAGGGGCACUACAGCGAGGCGGAGUGCGUGUACCUUCACCCCGGGGAAGGCGUGGGCGCGGCAGGGCGGGGCGCGGAGUUUGUGGUGAGGGCGGGGCGGUGUGGGGCGCAGCUGGUGGAGCCCUUGGAAGCCCCGCCAUACCUGGAAACCGUGCUUGUUAUUCAGAACCAGCCGGGCAUCCAGGAGGUGUGGGACAGUGCACGGGGCGUCAGGUGUGUGUUUGAAGCAGGUUUGGCCGCGAGGAGCAUGGGAAGUCGACGGGUGAGCGCCGCAUUGAACGUCGACUUGCUAGAUCAGAAAAUGGUGACUUUCUCCGCGCAUACCACAGCCUCCGCUAAUUUGGAUGUGCAGGUGGGUCGCGGUCCCUUCGCCAGGAGCGCGGCAGGGAUGGUGCGAAUAGGGGAGCUGAUGACAAUGGUGGUGGGGGUGGAGGGCCCAGACAACACAGACGUCCAGGUGCGGGAGUGCGUGGCGCGGGACGGGUCGGGGCGUUCGUCUUACACCCUCACUGAUAAGGAGGGGUGUGUACUGGGCAGCCGCAGGAAGGUGCUGGGGCCCUGGCAGAAGACAAGGAACACAGGGAAGGGAGAGAUGCCUGUUAUGGCCUAUUCACACUUCCAGGCCUUCAAGUUCCCCGAUGAAAAUGAUGUGUAUCUGGAAUGCGAGGUCGACUUGUGCGUGGAAGCGUGCGCAGUUUGUCCCCACGACGAGUCCGUAAGGAGAAGGAGAGCGACGGUGCAGAAGGACGAAGAAGAUGAGCAGGAGGCAGGGGAAGAAGGAGGAAGGAGGAGCAAUAGUGUAGGAGGCCGUGGCGGGCGAAACGGUACUAUCACAACUGAAGGAGUCAAGUUGGCGCGGAGACUGCAGGUCAUUUCACCCGAGGACUUCUCAAUUGUUAAGGACACCCCCAUCACCCUCGUCAGUAAAGGCGCAGACGAGGCCCGACCUACUGCAGGAGGCGGUGACGGAGGAAUCUGCUUCACCUCCUGGGGCUUCGCUGCGUGUCUGGUGGCGGUGGUGGUGGUGCUGGUGGUUGGGUCCUCGGUGACUGCUCUUGUGUGUGUUAAGGUUAGAACCAUCCCCUCCACGGCCUCCACCUUCCCCCCGACUCCUCCUUCCACGCCUUCAGCACUGUGUCGGGGAAGACUGGCUGAGGUGGUGGUGGUGGUGGUGGUGGUGGUGGACUAGCUGAAGAAGGCGUUGAAGGAAGAGAAGAAAGAGGCACUGACGAAGAAGAAGAAGAGGAAGAAGAAGAAGAAGAAGAAAGAUAUGGUGCUGAAGAAGGAAAUAAGAACAAAAACAAAAAAGAACAAGAUAAAGAUAAGAAAAGAGAACAUGACAAUUUUUUCUAAUGUGUCGGGAAUGAAAGAAAACGAGAGCCCUCAACACAAUUUUAAGGCAGACUCAAAGAAAUAUUUUUUUAAGCGUUAACUGUAGCAAAUAAUUUUCCUAACUUUGGGCCUUUUAAAAUUAAUACAUAGAUCGGGUAUUCUUAUGUAUUUUCUAUGUAUACAAUGCUUUAAAGGGACUGGGAUUGUUACUAUGUUUGUAUGUAUACGUGUGUGUGUGUGUGUGUGUGUGUGUGUGUGUGUGUGUGUGAGUGUGUGUGUGUGUGUUUUACAAUGUGUUCCUCUAGUCUAUGUACGUUACUGUGUGUGUGUGUGUGUGUGUGUGUGUGUGUGUGUGUGUGUGUGUGUUACUAACAAUGCUCCUGUAUAUAAUAAAAAUAAUAAAGAUUUUAAAGGUGC